UUGGCAGGUCCUUGGAGAGCUUCUCGGAAGCGUAGUGGCUCAGCCCCUGGUCAGCAAGCAGCUGAGAGACUGUUCAUGACUCAUGGUCAGGCUGCCCAGAGACCUGAUGCCAACAGGGUUUCAGAAUGUGUCGCACUUAAGCUUCUGAAGGAAUUCAGGGAAGCCAGAAAUAGGCCUAAAGACAACAAGGGCAAAACCUUUCCCAUUCCUCAGGCAAUUGUGAUGAUAUAUAGCCACAUCAAGCAGCUGCUUGAAGACUGCAGAGAGCUACUGGACAAGACCAACUUGGUGCUAGUUACUGUAAACAACACAACAGUGUCUUCAUGGCUUCUCGACAGACAGAAAAGAACAGACCGGGACACCUUGCUACAAGGAGUGGAGCUUCCCCAGCCUGUUGGUUUGGCAAAGGAGCUACUGCCAAAGCCUAGAGAGCUCCCAUCUGCACCUGUUGAUCAUGGACAUGUUGCCAUUGAGUUCCAGGAGCCUGAAAAUCGGGAGGGUGAGGCAGUUAUUCGCCAGCGUAAAUAUGCACGAACUGGAACUGGAGUAUCUUCUAUAAUGCACACAGACUCUGGGCUUAGAGACACAUCUCCAUCUGGCACAGACUGGCCUGGGGCCCAGCAAUUUCCUGGGUGGGAUGCCUGGCCUGGGUAUUCUGGUUUGUCUUUUCCACCAUCGCACUCUCAGGGUUGGUCUUCUGUUCCACCAUCGCACUCUCAGAGUUGGUCUUCUGUUCCACCAUCGCACUCUCAGGAUUGGUCUUCUGUUCCACCAUCGCACUCUCAGGGUUGGUCUUCUGUUCCACCAUCGCACUCUCAGAGUUGGUCUUCUGUUCCACCAUCGCACUCUCAGGAUUGGUCUUCUGUUCCACCAUCGCACUCUCAGGGUUGGUCUUCUGUUCCACCAUCGCACUCUCAGAGUUGGUCUUCUGUUCCACCAUCACACUCUCAGGGUUGGUCUUCUGUUCCACCAUCGCACUCUCAGAGUUGGUCUUCUGUUCCACCAUCGCACUCUCAGGAUUGGUCUUCUGUUCCACCAUCGCACUCUCAGGGUUGGUCUUCUGUUCCACCAUCGCACUCUCAGGGUUGGUCUUCUGUUCCACCAUCACACUCUCAGGGUUGGUCUUCUGUUCCACCAUCGCACUCUCAGAGUUGGUCUUCUGUUCCACCAUCGCACUCUCAGGAUUGGUCUUCUGUUCCACCAUCGCACUCUCAGGGUUGGUCUUCUGUUCCACCAUCGCACUCUCAGAGUUGGUCUUCUGUUCCACCAUCGCACUCUCAGGGUUGGUCUUCUGUUCCACCGGGCCAACAGCCAUCAGUUCCACCAUCGCACACUCAGGUUGGGUCUUCUUUUCCACUGGGCCAACAGCCAUCAGUUCCACCACUUCCUCCGAACCGACAGCGUGCAUGGAGACAGCACAAGGCAGCAAUUGAAGAUCAAGAGCGUUUGGCAAGAGGGGAGCCACCAAAGAAGCGCCACACAAAGGAACAUUAUCAUUAUGAGUGUAAAAUAUGUGGCCAAUCAAAAAGUAAAGUCACUGGCCAUUCCCAGAUUAGAGGAAAGUGGUACUGUCCAGCAUCUGGCCAGACCAUUGCAGAGUGGAAAGACUCUCUUUAG